AUGGAGCUGAUGGUGCUGCUCAAUGCCCUGGUCACCCGCCUGCUCUUCGUGCUGCACUCGCUCAUCGGGGUCUGGAGAGUGACCGCCGUGAAGAAGGAACCCAAGUACUGGCUGCUGGCGCUGCUCAAUCUUCUCCUGUGCCUGGAGACAGGGCUCACCCUCAAGUUUAAGCAAGGCAGAGGCUACAAAUGGUUUUCACCAGCAAUAUUUUUAUAUCUGAUUUGCAUAGUACCAUCACUAUGGCUACUAGAAAUUCAUCAUGGGACUCAGUACUGUGGCAAUGAGCCUGGGGCUGUUCAGGUCAAUGUCAGCAAUCAAGACUUCAAUCAAUCCAGAGAGAGCAGUCAAGGAAGUGAGGGAACAGAUCACCACAUCAUUCAGACGGCUAAAGUCUUUGUCAAUCAGCUCUCCACAAUCUGUGAGACUGUAUGGACACUGGCUCUCCACCAGACUUUUCUACUGCUAUUAGUAGUUGGGAGAUGGCUUCUCCCCAUUGGAGUUGAAAUCACCCGGGAUCAACUGUCUCAGCUGCUUCUCAUGUUUGUGGGAACAGCAGCAGAUAUACUUGAAUUUGCUAGUGAGACCUUGGACAUUGAGGAUGUUCGGAAGAAUUACGCUCUCAUAAAUGCAAUUCUUGCUGUAUGGACCUGGAGUAUGUUACAGUUUCCACUUGAUCUUGCAGUACAGCAUAUUGGCUGCAAACCAAGCGCGUCGGCCAGGCGGAUCCCCAGCCUGCUGCUGUGCAGGUACAGUGCAGAACUGUGGAACAUUGGUGUCAGUCUUUUCAUACAGGAUGGCCCCUUCUUCAUUGUGCGUUCAAUUCUCAUGGGCCACUUCAGAAUAUUCAAUCAGAUGCUGGUGUUUUUUACAGCUAAGAAUAUCUUAGUUGUGACUCUGCAGCUGUACCGGCUGGCAGUGAUAACCUUAGACUUCCGUAGCACCGUUCUGCAGAAGAGCAGGAAAGGAGAAGUCUGUUGCUGCCCAUGUGAGCCUUAUGAAGCUCAUGCUCAUGCUACUGGUCGCCAAGAGAAUGAAAUGAAAGAGUUUGUCGCUGUUCCUCCAAAAGAGGAAUCCCAAGCUCCAUCAGAAGAUCACUGAGCAAUUACUGACUUGGAAGAAGUUGCAUUUCCCACAGCUUCUUCAGCAGGGCUUUGUCAGUUUCUGUGAUCAAAUACAUCUUGAAUGCCUAAGUCAUCUUUUCCAUCAAGAGAACAUUCAUUUCUUCUAAAUUGUAGGGGAACUUUUCUCAAGCAAAUUGUUAGCAAUGGGACCUAUUUUAAAUUCAUUUGUAUGGUGGGUUUUGACUAGUUCCAUAUUGUAUUAUUCACAGGG